AGCUGUUGCCGUUUGUCUGCAGGUGCUCCUGCCCUACAUGUUAGCAGGCCUCGGCAUGGUCUUGGCCGGGAUGGUUUUGGAUUACGUUCAGAUGGGACCUGAAUAAUGCUGGUGGCCGUAACAAGUGUGGACACGUUCUUGGUGACCUUUCUUUACCUUGAAGGAGACUGAAGUAAAACCUGCGUGUUAACUCCCUAUUGCCCGGGCCUUGGACCGGUGAGAAAAGAUCAACACAGCACGUGGUGGGACUGAAAGAACUAGGACUAGUUCAGCAUGGGCUUAUAUAUUAAACCAUCCUGUCAAAGGCAUGCUGCUUCUGGACAAGGAGUAUAAGCUGAGGAGAAAAGACACCAGCCUCGUGGAGUAUGCUGAGGGAUUCCUGCGUGACCUGUGGCUCAUCGAAUGCCAUAGUCUGAACAGGUCUGUCUGGUUCUCGCUGAAGAGCUGGUAGUGGAAGGAGGUGUAGACUUAUGACUGUUUAUCCCCAAACAUCUCUGCAAUCCUUCUUUUCCCACUUUUGAACUUCCCUUGAGAUAACACAGAGAAAUAUCUUCCUUGAAGGCUGCAGCAGCCUAAGCUCAAUCAAGUUGAACUGAUUAUAGAAGAUAACGUUGUCCCAGUGCUCUGGAAAGCCCUUCUGCAGGGUGAAGGAGGUGAAGCUAAAGGCGCUUAGCAGUGUUGGUGUGGGUUAGAGGAACUGUGUCUUUGAACUCUGGAGAAAGUAGCUGUGAGCCUGCCUGGAUGAAUCCUUGCUUUUCCUGCUGAUCAGCCUGUUGAGAAUGGGUUAACAGCAUUUGACCAUGGUGGUCACCCAGCUGGAGUUGGAGCUGUGCUUCCAUGGGAAGAAACUGAGAGGUUUUACCUGUCAGCUGACCAGGUCAGCCAGUGGAUUUCUUCCAGAGACCUCCUUCUCCAUCGCCUCACAGAUUUUCAUACCAUUCCUCUUGGCUGGUUUGGGCAUGGUGGCUGCUGGCCUGUUGAUGGACAUUGUUCAACAUUGGGAUGUGUUUCGGACAAUUACAGAAGUUUUCAUCCUGGUUCCUGCCUUGGUUGGCCUGAAGGGUAACCUUGAAAUGACGCUGGCAUCCAGACUGUCUACUGCUGCUAACACUGGUCAGAUGGAUGAUACCCAGGAACAGUGGAAGAUGGCCACCUGCAAUUUAGCGCUGAUUCAGGUACAGGCUACUGUGGUGGGGCUUCUGGCUGCUGUAGCUGCUGUCAUCCUGGGAGCAAUCUCCAAGGGGUAUGUGGAGCUGAAUCAGGCAGCGGUUCUGUGUGCCAGCAGCGUGACUACAGCGUUCAUAGCCGCGCUUUCACUCGGUCUGGUGAUGAUUGGAGUAAUCAUUGGUGCCAGGAAAGUGGGGAUAAACCCGGACAACGUCGCCACCCCCAUAGCAGCAAGCCUUGGAGACUUAAUAACCCUUUCUCUUCUGGCAGGAAUCAGCAGCACCCUCUUCAAAUACAUAGAUGUGAAAUACCUGUCACCUCUCAUCUGCGUAGGCUUCAUUGUCAUGAUCCCUCUUUGGGUGGCCAUUGCCAAGCAGAGCCCUUCUCUUGCCACUGUCCUGAAAUCUGGAUGGCAGCCGGUCAUUGUUGCAAUGAGCAUCAGCAGCAUUGGUGGGCUGAUCUUGGACAAAACUGUAAGCGACCCAAAGUUCGAGGGCAUGGCAGUGUUUACACCCGUGAUUAAUGGUGUUGGUGGGAAUCUGGUUGCCAUCCAGGCCAGCCGCAUCUCCACAUUUCUGCACUCCUGGAGUUCGCCUGGAGUCCUGCCCCACAAGAUGAGACAGAGCUGGCCCAACCCAUUCACCACCUUCUUCACAUCAGGGGUGAAUUCCAAGUCGGCCCGUGUCCUGUUCCUGCUGGUUAUCCCAGGGCACCUGGUGUUCCUUUACACCAUUCACCUCUUGCAGGGAGGCCACAUGUCCAUAACCGUCACAUUCGUGAUGUUUUACCUAACGGCUGCCUUGAUGCAGGUGGGAAUCUUGCUCUAUAUGGCUGACCUAAUUGUACGACUCAUGUGGAAGAAGGCACUGGAUCCAGAUAACUUCUCCAUCCCCUACCUCACUGCCCUGGGAGAUCUCCUGGGCACUGGAUUCCUGGCACUUUGCUUCCGCUUGGUUUGGCUCAUCUAUGGUGCAGAUACGAGCCUGGGAAACUAACAGGAUCUGUGUUGCAGCAUUGUGCCAUCGCUGCUCUGCAAAGCCAGUCGGUCAAUACGGUGCUUUAAUACGGUCCAACAGGGUAUUUAGAAAUACCAACCAAGUCACUAAGCUGGAAUGAGUAUUGCAUCUCUUCCCACCCUCCUGUUUGCCACUUCAGUGCCUUGCAGCUGUGUAAUUCAAGUCCAAAGAAUCGGCACCCAUGUGGGCUUCUGCGGCGUUAAAGUGACCAAGCCAUCUUAACACACUGCAUUCUGUGUGUGCCUGUUCCCAGCAAAGGAGGGGUUACGAGACUCUCGGGUCCUAUCAUGGUUUAGCAAUAUAUUCCUAUAGCAGCCUGGUAAGUCCAAGACUCAUACAGAGCCUGAUGAAGUCAGUGGGAGACUUUGGAUCAGAUCCUAGAAGAGGCUGUUUCAAUCGGGCUCUGACUGUCAAUUAAAAAAUAUUUGCUGCCCCUCUUCUUUCCUACCCCAGCAGGGGAAAAAUUCAGUAAAGCCCUUAACAUUUCUCUCUCCAUAAUUCAGACACUCAGGGUCUGACGCGGCCUGUUCCUCAUUGCAUUACAGCCCAUAGAAGGGUUGUUAAGAGCAGGGGCCUAACUAAAUCAACCUGUCACUGUCUGAUGAGAGGGAUUUUUUUGUGGUGGUUGUUUUCCAGUUUAAGAAAUACCCGUUCAGUAGUUUUAUGGUUUAUAGAAACACACAAAAAAAUAAAAUGCAAAAAGUGCAGUGGUUUGGGGAUUGUUUAUUGCCAUGAUUUUGGCCGGUUAGAACUGGAAUUUGGCAGGCCAGGCUAUUUUGAUUAAUUUUUCAUUGGGUUUUGUGGCAGGGAUGAGAGUAAACUAAACCAAGACAUUGUAAUGGGCAGAGCACUUAGUUAGGAUCCCUAACUCCUAGACAUGCACAGCAUGGCAUCUGGCAGCCUGGGCUGUAUUUCAGUUAGGUUAUAGAGUCCAUUGCCUCAUUCACACGCAGUGUGAGCAUUGCAUUCCUGAGCCAUGGUGAUGCCUCUAUAAAUCCUUGUCAUUUGUAGGGGUUUUGUACUCCCUUUUCCCAAUGCAGGACAGGCUAAGACAUCUGCUUAGAAUGUGAGUGUGGGGUUCAGUUUCUUGCACCAGCACAGAUGCCCUAUGUGACUUUGGCUGGGCUAGUCAUAUAGGACCAUAGGUUAUAGGCACCUAUUUCCCAUAGAAAUCAUGGGUUAGUGUGCAUCCCCCCAAGAGGGUGUGGGUGUCUAUGCCUGUCUAGCUCCAAGUACAAAUUCUAGGCCCUCAAAAUCCCUGCUCAGCUACCAUCUGCCCCUGGAGGCAUCUACAGUUCUAGGCACUUGUAAGCCCCUCAGGGUACAUAAGGAUCUACUUGAGAGCGAGCACCUAAAUCCUGGCAGUGCUGAACAGCUGGGCACCUGACACCAUGCCUAGACCUGCGACCUUACUAGGUCUGGCAUCAGUGCCCUUCACUGCUCUAUGCAUGCUAACUUUGCAACCAGACAGAGCUGCAUCCAUGCUACUGAGUGACAGUGCUGAUUAGCCCUCCUCCAGCACAGUGUCGGUAUGGCUGUGCCACUUUGUGGUGGGAAACUAAUGUCUACAGAGCAGUGUGGCAUCCUUGAGGGUGCCACUCCCAUGUAGGACAAGUUUAUGAGCUAGAUGUGGCCUGUGGCCAGUCGGGAUCCACAAACCAGUCAUUUCUCGGCAGGGUAUAAGCCAAUGGGUAUUUACAUAUCACACCUGCACAAAACCCAGCUAGAGAACAGGCUGGUCCCUCCUCACCCUCCUGCCUGCUUCCUCGGCAGUGGUAUUUCACCAGUUGCUGCACACUGUUGUCUAAUCAUGGUCCUUUGUGCUAUUCCUAAACAUCUGCUGCCACUGCAGAGUCUGCGCAAUUAAUUUCCCAACUGUGACAGACCAUGAGCGGACAUGCGUGGUGACUGCAGCAGCAACAGCAGGAUGAAAGGUCCUUGCACUAAACUGAAGCAUGAUUACCAUGAACGAUUCCAGAUGGGCAGGAAAGGGAGGGGAAGUCAUUAUAAAAGUCUGCUUAUGUGCUUGAAAUCUGCAUAUUUUUAAAGGGAACUUGACACUGGCUUGAGAGUCUCUGAUGAGCUGUGGGCCCCAUGGCUGGGGCAAGUAUCUCUUGUUCCUCUAGCCGCAUUGCCUUUCUAAGAACAUCUUCCUCUCUGGUAUUUUCCGAGUUGCGUGAGGCAUAUAUCUAAGCUAGGCAUGUCCUUGCCUAGGUAUAAUAUACCCCACAGGGCUUCUGCCACUUUAAGUGUGGUGGCAUGCUGUAGCAGCCAAGCUGUUUGUUGUAGACACUGCUCUUUUGUAUAGAGGCAUUUCUUUCUGCCACCAAAACUGCACCUGCUCCUCACAAACAGCAGAAGCUCUGCCAGGAGAAGCCAUCUUUUGCCAGCAGAGCUGUGUCCAUGGGUUUUUGGGGGUUUUAUUUAUUUAUUGGGGGGGGGGGGGGCAGUUGCUGACAUAGUGAUGCUGGCAUAGCUUUAUAAUGUAAAAUACAUCCACACAGUGUAGCAGGGCAAAGAGACUCCUCAGAUUACCUUCUAAAAUGAAGGAAAAGACGUAGCUAAGUGGAUGUUUUCAUGGUCCCAGCUAUGUAUCUUCCUAGUGGAGAAAACCUAAUUUUAUACCAAUACACCUAACUUUAAGGCCAUACCUGCUGUUAGCUCUCUGGCAUAAGUGAAUUUCUCCCCCUAGCAUUCUCCUGCCUUAAGCUUCUCAGGACCUGGGGAAACAAUAAAAAGUCUCCCUUACUACUUGCAUUUCAAAAACAAUAAUUGGCACUUCUGUUUUAUUUCAAUAAACCAUUUAGACAACUGC